AUGAUAGUCAUUCAAGUAUACUUUCCAACCUCGAAUAGUGAAGACGAUGAAAUUGAACUAGUGUAUGACUCUCUAGACGAACUGCUAGGAAUAACUAAAGAUAACGAUAAUGUAGUUAUUAUGGGCGAUUUUAAUGCAGUAGUAGGGGAAGGACAAGACGAUCAAAUAAUAGGCAAAUAUGGUUUAGGAACAAGAAACAUCAGAGGAGAAAGAUUAGUCAAUUUCUGUAAGCAGAACAAUUUCUUAGUUACCAAUACAAUGUUUGAAGUACCGAAAAGAAGACGCUAUACGUGGGUAGCRCCAGGGGAUACUAACCGUUACCAAAUUGAUUAUUUAUUAACAAAGAGUCGUUYCAAAAARCAAAUAAUGACAAGUCAUAGUUAUCCUGGUGCUGAAAUAGAUAGYGACCAUAGACUAGUAGCGAUGAAAUACAAAAUAACACCCAAGAAAAUUACAAAGCGGCCCAAACGUAACAUAUGGGACGUAGAAAAACUCAAAAAUGAAGAAACCAGACAAGAGUUCCAAAACAAAGUUUAUAACAGAUUGAUAGCUGCUGGUAUUGAUCCCCCAUGRGAUGAAGUGGUUAGCAAUAUUCGUCAAUCUGCUGUAGAAUCAAUUGGAUUUAGGARACUGAAUCCAWRAAAACCAUGGAUCACGAAUGAGAUAAUGGACUUAAUAAAAUACCGCAAUAAAUUAAAGAAAACUAAUGAUGCAAUGUAUAGAAUAAUAAAGAACCGUAUCACCCAAAAGUGCAGAGUUGAAAAGGAGAAAUGGAUGGAUUUAACAUGCGAAAAUAUUAAAAUGAAUAUGUCAGCAAAUAGAAUGGACAAAGCAUAUAGAAUGAUUAAAAUAUUGUCAAGAYAACCAAAGCCAAGAAGCAAAAUUGUUAAGGAUAAGAAUGGGGAGCUGAUUCUAGAUGAAGGUGAAAUAACAACGAGAUGGAAGGAGUACAUAGAAGAUCUGUACAAAGGAGUGAUAGAUGAAGAUGACAUGAAUAUUGAAAAUAUAACCGAKUUAAACAAAGAAGACGUAGGGCCAAUUAUAACAAAAGGAGAAUUCGUUAAGGCCCUAAGGGAUUUAAGACAAGGAAAAUCGGCAGGAGUUGAUAACAUCCCGGUGGAAUUUUUAAAAAACGUUGGAAAGGAUACUGAACAUAAGAUUUUUGAAAUGAUUAAGAAAAUGUAUAAAGACGGAAACAUUCCGAAGGACUUUGCCAAAAGCAAAAUUGUACUAAUCCCUAAAAAGGGAAAUCCCACAGAAUGCAAGAWUUACAGAACAAUWAGUUUAUUAACACACGCAUCAAAGAUACUUCUUAUCAUUAUAAAAAAUAGGAUUCAAAAGAAAAUCGAAAAUGAGCUCGAUGAAGAUUAA